UCUGGCACGGGAGCUCCCUGCGUGUCACGGCAGCUCUCGCGGGGCAGGAAGAAGGAGCGCCCGGGGCGCCGAGGGCCUGAACUUUGGAGCCUCUGCCCCUUAUGGGAACGGUCCCGAGGGGGCGGCGGCGGGGGAGGCGCUGUUGCCGCCGCUGCUGCCCUGUGUGAGGCGAGCUCGCUCCCGCCGGAGCGGCUCCGGGAGAAACUCCAGUCAGGUCUGCACCCCCGGCUAGUGCUGUAGCCGCCGAGCCAGCGCGGCGCGGACCCGUCUCUGCCGGGGAAGCCCCCAGCGCUGCCCGGCCAUGGAGGGCGAAGGCGGCGCGCGGGAAGCUGGGUCCGGCAUUCCCAGGGUUGAUCCAUAUGGAUUUGAAAGGCCAGAAGACUUUGAUUAUGUGUCAUAUGAGGAAUUCUUUUCUAGAUAUCUGGUGAUACUCACUAGAAGAGCAAUAAAAUGGUCAAAGCUUCUAAAGGGGAAUAAUAGGAUACAGAAAAGUUUAAAAGUGAAGAGAUAUAUCAGGAAGGGCAUUCCCAAUGAGCAUCGUGCGCAGAUCUGGAUGAUUGUAAGUGGAGCCCAGGCCAACAUGGAACAAAACCCUGGAUACUAUAAUAAACUACUUGAGGGAGAGAAGAGUGACAUGCUGGUGGAAGCAAUCAAGACAGACAUGAAUAGAACAUUUCCAGAUAAUGUACAGUUCCGUAAAACUGCUAAUCCCUGUUUACAGCAGACUCUCUACAAUGUAUUAGUAGCGUAUGGGCACCAUAAUAAAACAGUGGGAUACUGCCAGGGCAUGAAUUUCAUAGCUGGAUACCUGAUUCUUAUUACAAAGAAUGAAGAGGAAUCCUUUUGGUUGUUAGAUGCUCUCAUUGGACGAAUAUUGCCUGAUUAUUAUAGUCCAGCAAUGAUGGGGUUGAAGACCGAUCAGGAGGUCCUUGGAGAACUUGUGAGAAAGAAAGUUCCAGCAGUGGCAGAAUUAAUGGAUAGACAUGGUGUCAUGUGGACUCUGAUAGUGUCACGCUGGUUUAUAUGCUUGUUUAUUGACAUUCUUCCAGUAGAGACUGUUCUCCGAAUUUGGGACUGUUUAUUCUAUGAGGGAUCAAAAAUCAUCUUUCGUGUGGCCUUAGCAUUAAUUAAGCAACACCAGGCUUUUAUUUUGGAAGCCACAAAUCUCCCCGACAUUUGUGAUAAGUUUAAGCAGAUCACUAGAGGGACAUUUGUAACAGAAUGCCACACCUUUAUGCAGAUACUAUGGCUUGAGCGCAGCAAGAAGUUGCCUGCACCUUCUGCCAGGCAGACUCCGGGCCAGGGACACGUUCCCAAGUGGUGUGGUGCUUAUUGGUAGAACAGUGCUCCAAGGAGGGUACAUCUAUGCAGCAAGCCUUCCAGCCCACUGUGACGCUGUAUGGAAUCUGGGUGACCACUUAACAAUAUUAUUGCUAUCAGUAUUACAAAACUGCAAUGACUCCUACGAGAUAUGCCAUGUAAGGCAUCAGUGGAAAAUUUAUGACUGGCUGAAUAUGAUAAUCAGGUUUAUGUAUGUAUUGCGAGUUAUAAUUAUGUGUGGUAUACUUGUAUAUCAAAUUUGUGCUGUGUUUCUCAGUGACACUCCCAGACAGUGUGACAUCAGCUCUAUCUAGCCUGCCCAUGAAGGACAAUCAGCUGUACAAUGAGCCCAUUGAGAAAAGGCAGGGGUUACACCUAUGAGUCGGUGGGACAACAUAGAGACAUGUCUGUGGACAUGGGACUCCAAAUGCUUUUUCAAGCCCAUGUGCUGUGAGCUUGUGUUUGGGACAAACAAUGCAUAAGCCACAUGCAAGGAUACAAAAAAGGCAGCUGCAUCUUCUCCAUUUUGUCUCCUAUCCUGCUUCUCACCUCUGGAGUAG